AUGACCACCCCGUCGGUUGUCGGAAGGUGGGGCAGCGCGGAGCGAGAUGUUUGCAGUGGUUUGGGAGAUGUCCGUGUGUGGACCACUGGGAUAACGCUGCCCGUGCGCCUUGCACUUCCAAAGUGUAAAUUCAUGCUUCAGAGCAUGCCUGUUGCAAUUCAAGGAGAAGCACUGGAGUUUGUGGAAAUCUUGACAUACCUUGUUGGUUGUAUUGGCCGUGAUGGAAGUGUGUCCGAUGCGAUCAGCGCACGAAUCUCAAAGACGCGAAGGACUUUUGUCAAUUUGCGCUACUUGUGCCGUCGAAACGGCAUAUCACUGGGUCUCAAGAGUCGUGCGUACCAAGCUCCAGUAACGGCCGUAUUGUUGUGUGAUUAUGAGAUGGCCUGUGUAAACGGAUGA